GCCCAGGGUGGGGUUGGAGACGCCGUGAGUGUGCAGCGCGUGUGAGUGAGGGUGCAGGGGCGUGCGCCCCCGUGUGCGCGCGGCGUGCGCUCGCCGGGGAGGUGCGGGACUCGACGACCCAUUGCGCGUCUGCCGCGGUGCGGCGGUGCGGAAGUCGGCGCGCGUUGGCGCGCACGCUGGCUCCUCCGCCGCCGUGGCCGCAUCGCGGGGUAGCUGGCCUGGGGGCCCCAUUGAGAAGUAGGUCCUUCCCGGGCCUGCUGUGCCUCUGGCUGUCUGCCCGGGCCGCGCGCCGGGUGCGACUGCCCGGGCCAGAUAGCACCUCGGGGCAAUCCCUGGCAGCCUUAUCUCGCCUGCCCUCCUCGUCCGCGCAGCAGUCUGGGGGGCGAGGCCGUCCGGGAACCCGCAGCCAGCGCCCGCUGCGCGUCUGCCGAUUUGGCGGGGGCGGGCAGACCGGCGGUGGCCGGGGGCGCGCGUGUGGAUUGGGGCCGGGUGCUGGCCAGAAGCGAAAGCGGCAGAUGUCCUUGGGCAUCGCCGCCCUCGCCCCACCUGUCGCGGAUGAACUUUGGGCCAGUAUCUGGAGUAGAGCAGAAAAAUUAUUAUGCCUGUGUUCCCUUGGGACUCAUUGGAAAUUGUACAGUGACAUCUUCUGGGAUUUAGGCUGAAUGAAGUAUCAGAGAAACACUUCCCGCCUGUAGCUGCCUGUCAGGUUAGGAGUGUGCAGACUGGUGCCUAAAAUGGAAGUAGAUGUUAAUGGAGAGUCCAGAAGUACCCUGACCACCCUGCCCUUGCCCGCGGCCGAGGUGAGCUCCCCGGGAAAGGCAGAGGUGGAGAAGCCCCGCUGUUCCAGCACUCCGUGCUCGCCGAUGCGCCGGACUGUGUCAGGCUACCAGAUCCUCCACAUGGACUCUAAUUAUUUGGUUGGCUUCGCGACUGGUGAGGAGCUCCUGAAGUUAGCCCAGAAGUGCACCGGAGGUGAAGAGAGUAAGGGGGAAGCCAUGCCUUCCUUGCGCGCCAAGCAGCUGGAUGCAGGACUUGCUCGUUCCUCUCGUUUGUAUAAAACCAGAAGUAGGUACUACCAGCCGUACGAGAUUCCAGCUGUCAAUGGCAGGAGGCGAAGGCGGAUGCCCAGCUCAGGAGACAAGUGCACUAAAUCUUUACCUUAUGAACCUUAUAAGGCCCUCCAUGGGCCUCUGCCUCUCUGUCUUCUUAAAGGUAAGAGGGCUCACUCCAAAUCUCUGGACUACCUCAAUCUAGAUAAAAUGAACAUCAAGGAGCCAGCUGACACAGAAGUGCUACAGUACCAGCUUCAACACCUAACCCUCAGAGGGGACCGUGUGUUUGCUAGGAAUAAUACAUGAGUGACUUGCAGGGGAUGUAAACCAGUUUAGGUCAGCCUACACUUGGCUUGAAAAUUCCACUGUUGUACUCUGUACAGGACUCUUUACAUUAUAGAUGGUUAAAUCAGCUAAGUGUUCCUGGAACAUAAAAAUUGGAUCAAAUUUUGAAUACAGGAAUGAAAUCACAGGUACUUGAGGUGAAAUCAUUCUAGAGCACGCAACUGCAAGGAAAACAGAAUGUUGACCAUUAGUUUGUAUCGCUUUUUAGCUGGGAAAAAAAAGGCUUUGGUACAGUAAUAUCGUCUUUAAAAUUCUGAUAUUCAAAUUGGGAAUGUUAUCUGCUUGGUUGUUGCUGACUUGGUAUGAUUCAUUAGAAAUUUAUAUCUUAAGUACUCAAGUACC